GCCUGCGCCUGCGCAGUGUGUUUGGGGUGCCAGGGUGACCUAGUUCGCAGACGGAGGUACGAUGUUGACCAGGUUCCUGGGUCCGCGCUACCGACAGCUGGCUAAGAACUGGACCCCGACAGCCACCAUAUGGGGUGCCGUAGGUGCCGUGGGGCUGGUGUGGGCCACCGACUGGCGGCUGAUCCUGGACUGGGUACCGUACAUCAACGGCAAGUUUAAGAAGGAUGAUUAGUCAGCUGUCCCUUUCAGACCCUUCUGGUGUCUGGUGGUGCCAGAUCCUCCCAGCACAGCGCCCGCUGCGUGCAGAGAGCCCCGAGGAUGGACACCAAGGAAGCCCAUGGCGCAGCCUGGGACUCUUUCUGCUGCUGAACAGUGUUGAUAUUUUAAUGCGCGGAGCAUUAAACCUCACUCUCCAACUUC